CUUGUCCAAAAGCAGAUCCAACCACAGCCCCAAAAGAAGCAUGAUGGAGCCUCAGCCUCAUCAACUGCUCAUGGAUUGGAACAAAGCUAAUGAUCUUAUCACACAAGAACACGCAGCUUUUCUCCAUGAUCCUCAUCUCAUGUUAGAUCCACCUCCCGAAACCCUAAUUCACUUGGAAGAAGACGAAGAGUACGAUGAAGACAUGGAUGCGAUGAAGGAGAUGCAGUACAUGAUCGCCGUCAUGCAGCCCGUAGACAUCGACCCUGCCACCGUCCCUAAACCGAACCGCCGUAACGUAAAGAUAAGCGACGAUCCCCAGACGGUGGUGGCUCGUCGGCGUCGGGAAAGGAUCAGCGAGAAGAUCCGAAUUCUGAAGAGGAUCGUGCCUGGCGGUGCAAAGAUGGACACAGCUUCGAUGCUAGACGAAGCCAUCCGUUACACCAAGUUCUUGAAACGGCAGGUGAGGAUUCUUCAGCCUCACUCUCAGAUUGGAGCUCCUAUGGCUGAUCCCUCUUACCUGUGUUAUUACCACAACUCCCAACCCUGAUGAACUACGCAGAAGCUCGCUAGCUAGACAUGUGGUGUCGUUACCUCAACCUUUUUCA